AGUCGCUGACACUCGAGUAACAACCAGCCAAUCUUGCCUUCCCGAGUGACACAUAGUCGUCAGGACUUGCUGAAUAACACCGCGCGCCUUUUGGAUGCCACAUUUCUGGAAUCGCCCAUGGAACCUCCCCCUCGACACAUCCCCAAGGUCGCAGCAGACCUGUAGCCUCCCCGCGCGUGCUAGCUGCACAGCGUAAGUAACGAACAGGAUAAGUUCGAAGCGCUGACGACGCAAAUCGGAGCCGUUUCAGUUCGUCAUUUUCAGGAAAAAAAACAUUUUGGUCCUAGUAUGAUUUUCAGGAUGCAGCGUACCCUCCCGCUCGCGGUUUCACUACUAUCACUGAUAGUGGCACUAUGCGUAGUGUCACAAGCACUAGCGAAAGCGCCUCAAGAAAACAGGAGCUUCUCGGUUGUAGACGGAAAGGCGGUAGAAGCGCACGGCUGGCGAGAGAAUCCCUCUAGCAGGCGACGAUUGGCAUCAUCGCCGGCGUGUAAGGCGUCGUCGCUUGCGGGCUUCACAUCUUCAAUCGACCUGUCGGGUAAAGGGCUCGUCCUUCACUGGAAGUUAAACGGCCCGCAAAGCCUAGCCAUGGCUGUUGAAGCGAGGGCGGGGAGCGGCGUCCCAACUAACAGGGGCUGGCUCGCUAUAGCGUGGAGCAAGACGGGGUACAUGUUUCCCGCAGAUGCCGUAGUGGGUGUUGCGGGGAGCAGCAAACCCGCGGCUUACGCGAUAGAGGGCUACAGUGGAACGACCGUGGGGCCCACCUCGCGAUUCAGCCUCGGGAAUACCGCGCUCGCGUCGGGGACAAGCGGCAUCGUUAUGAGGUUCGCUCGCAAUGGCACGGACGGGGCGGUUCCAGUGAAGUACAGCGGGGCGAAUCAGAUCAUCUGGGCGUUUGGCUCGAGCAGCAGACCCACGGACCAUGGCAUGAACAGGGGCGGCAAAGCGGUGGACUUUUCCUGUCUCCCUGCGCCGUCCAGUUCCCCACCCCCUCCCCCCAAACUAUCCCCUCCCCCUCCCCCCAAACCAUCCCCACCACCAUCCGCUCCCCCGUGCAAGCCAUCUGCCUGCAAGCGCUCCUCUCUCCCUGGCUAUACCGGUUCAGUUGACCUCACAGGGAAAGGUUUUGUGCUUCACUGGAAGCGCCAGGGGCGGCAGAGUUUGUCUGUAGCAGUGGAGGCAAAGGCCAGCAGUGGGGCCCACAAGGGCUGGUUCGCCCUGGGUUGGUCCAAAACGGGCUCCAUGUUCCCUGCUGAUGUGGCGGUGGGGAAUCUCGCCACGUCAGCAUCACCACCGGCCAAGUCAGCAGCAGCCGUGGCAGCGUAUGGAAUCAGCGGAUAUGCAGCAAGUGCUGUUAAGCCAUCAAGCAAGUUUGUGAUUGGCCCGAUUGGAUUCAGCUCAACAGCAAAAGGAGCCAUCAUGAGAUUCUCUCGCAACAAGACGGACGGCUCUGUCCCAGUCAAGUACAAUGGAGUGAACAGAAUCAUAUGGGCGUUUUCCCCUGACGGCUCCAAGACAGUUGGCUACCACAAGAACAACUGGGGAACGAAAGCAGUUGAUUUUGGAUGUGUUCCAUGUUCCAAUGCUAUAAAGUAACCCUGCAGUUUGUUGUGAAUGUGAGUUGAAAAGACGUCCCCUUGCUGAUUGUAAAUCCCAACGACCAUCUCC